AGCUUGUGGCGGAAGUACUUUGUGGUACAGAAAGCUUGUGCGUGACUCCUUGCUGCUUCGAGGAUAAUGUGGCGGAGAAGCGUCAGGGUCCCCGGGAGGUUUUAUGCUCUGGUUCGCUUCGGUACUCCAAGAGAGGACGUGGUUGUGGCUUUGUGCAGUAAAGCACACAAAUUCUUCAGCACAACCCCUGUCAUCUGCACUAAGGAAGAUGACCAAAUCAGCAGCACCAAUGCAAAUAUUUCACCAGAUCAGGAGCAGAAAACACAAGUACAAAAAAAGAAAAAUUUGCUGCAGUUAAUCCAUGGAAUGAAAAUAGAACUAAGUACAAAGAAAAAGGUUAUGGAGAAUGCCAAAAGCAGAUUGCUGGAAGAUGAUGAAAAAAGCAGCCAACAUAUUCCAGAAUUGGAGGAAGCAGCCUCUGCUGUUGCAUCUUCACUCCCUUUCGAUAAACAAAAGACAACUUCUGAACUGUUGCAUUUGGUAAAAAAGCACAAGGAAGAAAUGAAUGCACAUAGAAUGGCUGACCUAAGCAAAAUUAUGGCAAGCAUGAAAAUUAGAAGAAAACCUCUGAAACGAAAAGCUGUGAGUGCAUCCAGUGAAAUUGAAUGUGAUGAAGACGAAGAUGGCAAUAUGGCCCAUAUUAAUGAAAUCAAUAGAAUUAAAAGGAAUCUCUUUUCUGGAGAAAGGCUACAGAUUUUCACUCCUAAAUCAAAGGGAGCACAUGAAACAGACGCAGUAGCAAUACCAACAAUUUGGGAUCUGGAAUUUGCCAAAGCUAUUACAUCAAACUUUUCACAUCUACCACAGAAUGGUUUUGAGGAGAUGAUACAGUGGACAAAUGAGGGAAAACUUUGGGAGUUCCCAAUUAACAAUGAAGCUGGACUUGAAGAUGACGGUGAAUUUUAUGAACAUAUAUUUCUGGAUAAGCAUUUGGCAGACUUUCCUAAAGAAGGGCCAAUUCGCCACUUCAUGGAACUUGUAGCAUGUGGACUUUCCAAAAACCCCUAUUUAAGUGUGAAACAAAAAAUAGAACACAUUCAAUGGUUCCGGGAUUAUUUCAAGGAAAAAGAACAGUUGCUUAAGGAAAUUGAAGCCCAUGAGAAGGAAGCCUUGAUUCAAAUAGAGAACAUAUCGAAAUGAAAACUCAAAAAGUCCUGUCCUCAUGUAAAUAAUCAUUUGGAAGUUGUACGUCAUAAUCCAGAAAGAACCUGAUUCAGAGAUAUCAAAACUGGCAAAGAUGGUUUAAUCUGGCUUGCAAAUUGUUGAAUAAAAAUGUAUAUUUCUGUUUAUUAAUGUUCUUAAGAUAGUGUUUACAAUGUUUUGCUCUAAAAAUAUUGGUGUGAAAUCAGUCUGAAGAUUAAAGAGAAACCACCAACUGAUGUUCAUUGGUAAUGCUCACUAAUAGUAUAGCACUUCGAAAUAAUCCUUUCUGUAUUUUUAGUUUUAUUUCCCUAUUUUCAACACAAUUUAAACAGAAUGGAAUAUUGAA